AUGCCGCGCCCUCUACCUGUCGAGCUCGUGGACCACAUCCUCGCCGACGAGUCGCUCGAGCCUGCCGACCUCGCGCGCGCCUGCCUCGUCUCGCGGUCCGUGUUCGCCCUCGCACGGCCCCGCCUGUACGCCGGGCAGGUCUUCUGGUUCAACAUUAACGAGAACACCAGCCCGUCGGCGACGCGUAGUUGGUGCUCGGCGAUACGGGCCUCGCCUCAAGCCGCGGCACUCGUGCGGCACGUCCAGCUCGAGGUUUACUUCCACACCGGCGACAAGGACUUCUUGGCCGACGGCGACCCGAUCGACUUGAUCGCCGACGUCCUCGAGAACUGCACCAACCUCGAGCACUUCACCGUCGGCGCCAUGAAGAUGCCCGUGGCCUUCCUCGCCGUCUUCCCGGCGUGCGCCAGCCUCCGUACCUUCUGGAACAUCCCGUUCACCAACGACACCUACAAGGCCCUCGUCGACAUGCCCAACCUCAUCCACCUCGCCCUCUACUUUGAGGGUUCGACGGCCGGCGUUGACAACGUCGACCCCGACGGUCCGACACCCUCCUUCCACCUCGAGACCGUGCACCUCGAGUCGCUCAACCCUGUUCGCGGUUCGCUACCUCUUCGUCGCGUUCUCGCCACCGUCCUCGGUACCUCGUACGCGUCGAUCCGCUCGCUCCAAAUCAACGCGGCCAAGGACGACGUCGCAAACCUCGUCAGUGGCACCUUCUCGGCCGUCGACUUCCUGUGGACGGGGUACCAAGACGCCGAGCACCUGGACACCAUACUGCGCGCGUGCGGCUCCAUCACGACGAUGCAGCUCAGCAACCAGAUCUGUCACCGCUGGGGCGCCGAGCCAAACCUGUCGUCCACAUUCGAGGUCCUCCCGGCGACGCUCAAGACCCUCCACCUGGACGCCAUCACGAAUUGGGUGGUCGACGACACCAUGCCCACCGUGGUCGCCGUUCGCGAGAUCCUCGACGCGCUCCCAGCCCACCUCGUCGUCGUCGUCAAGCUCGUCGUCGUCGUCUUCAUCAUCGAGCUCGUCGUCGUCGAGCAGCUCGUCGGGAUCGGGCUCGUCGGGACGGUGGACGUCAAGCUCGUCGUCCGCAAGCUCGUCGUCCUCAAGCUCGUCGUCUUCGAGCUCGUCGGACUCGGACUCGUCGGAUUCGGACUCGUCGUCGUCGCGCCCGAGGCGGACGUCACGACCCUACCGGAGCCUGCUACUCGAGAGAGCGAGCGAGGGUGA